AUGUUGAGGUUUUAUAAUUACAUUGAGAAAACAAAUGAUGGUGUUGAGGGGGAACCAGUCGAACCAUCACAUACAAAUACCGUAGUGGAGUCACAGCCCUUCCAGAAAAAACAAAAGAAAAAUGUUAUUGAGGGGGAGCCAUUCGAUACAAACAAUUCAAAUAUGCCAUGUUCUGAAGUUGCUAGCGAAAAAUAUGCUUAUGAUCCUGGAAAUCACCCUCUAAUUUCAACAUAUCAUCCCAAUGUUCAAGAUGAAAUACAUAGAUAUUAUCUACUAAACGAUGCUUGUCAACCUGAAGCUCACGUGUUUCCUACCAGCAUAAAAGAUGAUGCAGCGUAUUGUCUACCUCGUUAUAUUUUUAAACAAGGAGGUGAAAACACUUUUGUCACUACUGGAUUUAGGAAUUGGGGAAAGAAGAACAUUAUUGCUAAUCAUGUAGGGGGUCUGAAUAGCGCCCACAACAAGGCUCAGAGAAAUUGUGAUGCGUUACAAAAUCAAGAGCAACAUAUUGAAACCAUAUUAUCAAAUCAAACAAGUCAAGAUCGACUUGACUAUCAGACUCGCUUAAGUGCAUCAAUUGGUGUUGUUAGAAUUCUUUUGAAGCAAGCACUUCCAUUUCGUGGGCAUGAUAAAUAUGAAAGUUCAAAUAAUCUAGGAAAUUUUCUCGAAAUUUUGGAAUGGUUAUGCAGUUACAAUGAAGAUAUACAAAAGGUCACAUUGAAGAAUGCUCCUGAAAAUUUGAAGUUAACAUCACCUGAUAUUCAGAAUGAUAUUGUAAGUACUAUUUCAAUUGAAAUUGUUAAUAGAAUUGCUCAUGAACUUGGUGAUUCCUUAUUUGCUAUUAUAGUUGAUGAAUCUCGAGAUAUGUCAUGUAAGGAACAAAUGGCUAUUGUAUUACGCUAUGUGGAUGCUGGAAAAGUGAUUGAGCAUUUUGUGGGUGUUGAGCAUGUUACAAAUACCAAUGAUGUCACAUUGAAGGCAACUAUUGAUGAUUUUUUAUGUAGAACUGGAAAAGUAUGUCAAGGAUACGAGGUCAAGGAUAUGAUGGAGGAAUUACAAUUAACUUUGGUAGCAGUGGCAAAAAAUCACACUCUAGUUUCAGAUUUCUUCACUUUGGUUUCUAAUGUGGUAAAUGUGGUUGGAGCAUCAGCUAAAAGACGUGACAUUCUUCGAGAGAAACAUGGUGAUAACAUAUUAGAAGCACUUGAAAACAAUGAGCUUUCAACUGUACUCAAGGUUGUUAGAGAAGAUGGAACGAGCUCUGAACAAAAGUUAGAAGUAAGGGUUUUGAUUGGAUUAUAUGGGAUCAUAUGGGUUCAUCUGUUGUCUACAUUUCAUGAAAAAUGUGUUGGGAGUCACAAUGAUCUAUCAAAAGCAUUGCAAAAGAAAGAUUAA